CAUUUCUUCUUGUAUUCUUUUAUAAUUCUAAUUAUUCCAACUUCUAAUAAAAAAUUUAAAGCAACAAGGGGCUCCUCUCUCUGGCUGCUGCUUCUAUUGGUGGACUUUUACUUUGGUGCCUUUUGGAAUUGGGGUUUGAUCACUUCAUCUAUCAAAAUCCCAAUCCCAAUCGAAGAAGCUUAUUUUGCUGCUAGUGAUUGUGGUGAUAAUCAGAAGCAGAAAAAAUGGGAGGGCUUUGUUCGAAGAAGACGAGGAGUUCGAGUGUGGAGAGCGCGGGUUGGGAUGUGAAUCGGCAAUUUGAUCAGAAUCAGAAUCAGAAUUCCCGUUUGAAGACCAACCAUGUGAGUGUGACUAUGCCGCCGCCCAUGGAUAUUCAUUUGCAGAAGAAACACAAAGAGGAGGAGGAGCCGCCUCCGCCUCCACCUCCACAACAAGAAGAAGAAGAAGAACAGUUUUCAGAGAAGAACGACAAUCAGAAUCCGCUUUUUUAUGAGUCUGACGAUGAGUUCUAUGAUGGCAUUCCGCGCUAUCCCACCUCCUUCUCCCACAAAUCCGGCUCCGUUCGCUCUAAGCAGGCCGCCGUCGCUAAGGUUUCUGAGGUGAGUUCACGUUUGGGCAGAGCUGGUACUCUUGGCCUCGGAAAGGCAGUGCAGGUCUUGGACACACUUGGGAGCAGCAUGACAAAUUUGAAUUCCGGCACCGGCUUCGUUGCUGCAGCACCUGCCAAAGGCAAUGAAAUCGCAAUUAUAUCGUUUGAGAUUGCCAACACUAUCGUUAAGGGUUCCAAUCUUAUGCAAUCCCUUUCAAAAAGAAGUAUUAGGCAUUUGAAAGAAGUGGUGCUUCCUUCAGAAGGUGUGCAGCAUUUAGUGUCAGAAGAUAUGGAUGAACUGUUAAGGAUUGUUGCAGCUGACAAAAGGGAAGAAUUACAAAUUUUUUCGGGGGAAGUGGUUCGAUUUGGAAAUCGCUGCAAAGAUCCUCAGUGGCACAACUUGGACCGAUAUUUUGACAAAAUCAGCAGGCAACUUACUCCUCAGAAGCAUCUGAAGGAUGAUGCAUACUCGAUAAUUCAGCAACUCAUGACUUUGGUCCAGUGUACUGCUGAAUUAUACCAUGAGUUUCAUUCAUUGGACCGUUUCGAACAAGACUAUGAUCGCAAGUGCCAGGAGGAGGAUAAUUCACUUUCUACUCAAAGAGGUGACUUGAGGGCAGAACUAAAAAGCCAAAGGAAAGUAGUUAAAACUUUAAAGAAAAAGUCGCUUUGGUCCAAAAGUUUGGAAGAGGUGAUAGAGAAGCUUGUUGAUAUCGUCCACUUCUUACAUCUAGAGAUACAUGCUGCCUUUGGUGGUGCUGAUGGUCAUGAACCAGUGGAGGGACCUACGAAUAAUUAUCAAAGAUUGGGACCAGCUGGACUUUCUUUACAUUAUGCAAAUAUCGUCCUCCAAAUCGAUAGUCUUGUAGCCCGGUCAAGUUCUAUGCCUCCAAAUACAAGGGAUACAUUAUACCAGAGCUUGCCGCCUGAUAUAAAAUCAUCUUUACGCUCCAAAUUACAGUCUUUUCAUGUUAAAGAAGAGCUCACUAUUGCAGAAAUCAAAGCUGAAAUGGAGAAAACUUUACAGUGGCUUGUUCCAGUUGCUACAAACACAGCCAAAGCUCAUCACGGUUUUGGCUGGGUAGGAGAGUGGGCGAGUAGUGGUUCUGGGGCGAACCGAAAGGCAGCUUUGCAGACUGAUGUGAUUCGAAUUGAGACAUUCCACCAUGCAAAUAAGGAGAAAACAGAAGUCUGUAUACUCAAACUAGUCUUGUGGCUUCACCAUUUGGCUUGUAAAAGUAAGUCUGCCGCCAAUAAUGGGGGCAUGAGGUCACCCGUCAAGUCCACAUCUGGCACACCCCUCCCGAAGGCAAAUAAGCAGCCCAAGGACUUGCCUAUCAAUGUUCAGUCAAGUGUGCUAACAACUGAAGAUCAGGAGAUGCUGCAGGAUGUCAGUAAAAGAAUACGGAUUCCAGGAAUUAGUAAGAGUCAGGACUUUGACACUGUGAACUCUAGUUUGAUGGAGCACAACAGAUUGAGUAGGAGUAACAGCUACUCACCUAGGCGAGGAAGCAGGAAAUUGUUAUCCUUCAGUAGGCUCUCGUCUGGGGUUCCUGUCAUUGAUUUCAGUAUCGAUAAGGAAAAAGCAUUGGAUGUAAUUGAUAGAGUGGACUCACAUAGAUGAAUUGCAGAGUGUUAUAGAUGUAAAUCCACUGGAGUGAAGUGUAGUACAUGCGGCAAGGGCGUUCAUUUUGGUGAUAUAUUGUUUCUGGGUGCACGGCAUCGAAUUAAAUGGACUAAGCAUGAUUUACCUUUGAAAUUGUACCACUUCAAGAGACAUUUACUGUGCAUAUUUUCACCAUGCUUAUAGAGUGUAAUUGCAGUGAGUUGUUUGUGACUACUUUCCUCGAUGGGGUGUAUAGAGCUGAAGAAGGUUAAGUUUG